AUGCUGCCUCAGGAAGUCGGGAAGCAGAAGCCCCGCCGUGUGUCGGACCCGGUGUGCGGAGGAGACUUCCCCCCGGUCCCGCCGCGGCGCUUAAAGAACCGGGACUUCCCGCUGAGCGUGAAGCGCCGGCGGUCCGGUUCCGCACCUGAGCGCAAGGUGAACUGCGUCCUGGUUGGAGACGGAGCGGUGGGAAAGACCAGCCUCAUCGUCAGCUACACCACCAACGGAUACCCGACAGAAUACGUUCCCACAGCGUUUGACAACUUUACCGUGAUGGUUGUGGUGGACGGGAAACCAGUGAGACUGCAGCUCUGUGACAUGGCCGGACAGGACGAGCUGGAGCGCCUCCGGCCGCUUUGCUACAAGAACGCAGACGUCUUCCUCCUCUGCUACAGCGUGGUCCGGCCCUGCUCCUUCCGUAACCUGAUCGACAGGUGGGUCCCGGAGAUCCGUCAGCACUGUCCCGGCGCCCCCUUGAUCCUGGUUGGCACCCAGCUGGACCUGAAGGAGGACGUCCAGGUGCUGAUCCACCUGGCAAAGAACCAGGAGCGGCCGGUGGACACCGAGGAGGGCCAGCGGCUCGCCCAGGAGAUCGGGGCGGCGAGCUUCGCGGAGUGCUCGGCGCUCACCCAGAAGAACCUGAAGGACGCUUUUGAUUCGGCCAUCUUGGCCAGCAUCCAGCUGACAGACACUAGCAGCGUCCAGCAGCAGAGGAUGACUCUGAAGAGGAAGACGCCAGACAAGAUCAAGAGCCUCUCAGAAACCUGGUGGAGGAAGAUCAACUGCCUGAUGGGAGAGCAGAGCUGUGAAUUCAAGUGACCGACGGCAUCAUCACAAACAUGGGCCAGAUAACGUUUGCAGAUACUUAGAUUUGGUUUUCACCUGCUGAGAGACGGUGCAGGGUGGGUGGUGCAGCCCCCCCCCGCAAAACUGGCAAAAUUAUAUUACGAGGCUGCAGCAGCAGAUAAGCAUCUUUAUUAGUACAAAAAUGCAAUGUAGGUUUGUUGAAUUAUGGGAAAUGUAGUACCCAGAGACCUUUGAGCCCAGCACAUACUAGGGACUAAAAGGAGGACGUCUCUGCCUCUGCUGCAUCGAUUUUUUUCUUUCCAUCUUUACUUAAGUGCGAUACUUAAAUUGCUGAAGACUAAUACU